ACAUUAGAAACUUUUUGAUGCUGAAGGAUGGGUUUUGAUCAGUUUUUAGAUGCUGAUUUAUAAUUAAUUUGAAGUUUUGGGAGGUUUGGCGAAUGUUGUUUUGGGUGACCAACCAAUAGUUAAUGUAGUCAAUGCUCUAUGCCGUAUUUCUUAGAUGGUUCUCACAACUUUCGUGGUUGCUAUGUUUUGACCGCAACCCUAAACAAUGACAUAUAUAUAGAUAUAUUAAAAUGUGGAAUCAGCAACUUUAAGUACUGAUUCCAGAGCAUGAAAACCAUAAUCUAGAUCCCAAAUGAAAUUUGUACCCUCAUCUCCACACGUUUCAUGGUCAUACACAAGAGAAAUAAAUAAUUAGCUCAUCACAAACGGUCAAAGUGGAUAAUUUACAUUGACCAAAAGUACCAGGAACCUAGUUGGUAUGUUGUAAACAUAUCCGUGUGUUUCAUCCUACCUUUCAAACAUCACAUGGAUUUGUUUGUUUUUUUUUUUUUUUUUUUUUCGCCUAGCAAUUGUUUAACAUUUUCCACUCACAUUGCCUAGGUUUCACAUAUUGCAUGCGUUACCAACUUAUAUUCUAGUCUAAACUUGGUGUUGAAUAAUAAAUGAAAAUAGGUAAUGUAGCACAGUUUUAUUAAUUGAAUCUUUACAUGUGGGGUUCGUUUUAAUUUUUAUUAGUGUAAUAUGCCGAUGUUGAUAAUUUGGUGUACAAACUUAUAUGUUUUUAAGCUUUGGUAAAAAGAAUUACGGCUCUCCAAUUAGUACAAGAAUGAAUGGUCGAUUAACAUGAUGUUAUUAACUUCAUUCAUACCACUUGAAGGUGUCAUUAAAUAUUUCCACCAGAUGGGAAACAUGGCCGUAUGGUUCUGAGAAAUAACUUUAUUAAUUCAUGUCUAUGAUCUGCCUAGCAAGAUCAGCUACAAGUCGCUUGUCUUCCUAUUUUCUGCUAUUGUACCUGUUGGAGAUUUUGUGUGCAUGGCUAAGGUUUGUGAUAAGGAAAUGAGCUGUAUGAAUUCAAAACAUUGCUAAUUUCUACUCGAUUUAUUAUAUUUAGUUGAUUAUUUAUUUCCACUCCAUUUAUUUAUUUGCUCACACAUUGCAUCCUUCUUUUUCCACAGUGCUACUGAGUUUAUUGCAUGAAUAAACUGGUGGGGAAGAUAAGUGAAGUCCACAAUGCUGCCAAGUUUAUGGCCUAGUAUAAGCUUAAAUUGAUAGAGAAGCUAAUUGAACAAGACAUUUCACUUGAAUAUUUGUAAUGGAAGAGUUUGAAUAUCUGGAUGAUGAUCAGUCUGGAACUUUUUCUGUCUGAUAUAACACAAGCUCAAUUAUCUACUCUGGUCAGGUGACAAUACCUUGGAAACAAAACAUAUUAUUUUGUAUAUGUUAUGUGUAUGAAAUACUUCCGGUAAAAUCAACUUUUCUGAGUGAAUAUGUACUUGAUCUUGGGAUUCUUGGAAAUUAAAGAUCAGUCCUAAGACUAAUAGAUGGUGAUCAUUCCUUGUGAAGAUGCAAAAUGUAUCCUCCUGAAAAAAUGGUGAGAUUCUUGGAAAUUGUAUGCAUAUGGACCACUACCCUCCAUAUGGACCACUUCAACUUGCUCUGUUUUUUGGGAAACAAUAACAUUCAAAUUUGAGGCUGGCAGCCUCCAUAUACUUCCAACAUCUUGAGAUGAUUGAUGAACAACCCGAUUUGUGAUGUGGUGAUACCCACUUUCAUGGAGAUGUUAUAUAUGCUUAUUUAACACUUACCAUCACAGUUCUACACUAUCAACUUUUACGUCUUUUAUGUAUAUAGGAAGGACCUAUUUAUUGCAUGACGGAUUGUCUUUUGGAAAGACCAUAUUCUCAAUUUGAUUUCAUUUCAUUUUUCAUGAAUUGAUUUUAUAAAAUCAGUAGCUAAUGCUACAUCAAUAUCUUAUGCUACAUCAAUAUCAUAUAAAUGCUGUUAUAUGUGCUUAUCAUAUAAACAUUGUUAUAUUAUUUUAUAAACAAUAUAAACAAUCUUAUUUUAUAUAAUUGAAUAAACAGAGUUUGAAUGCUACUUAAACAAAAAAAAAUAUCCAUAAUAUGUAGGCUUAAAAAAAAAAAUACCGGGUUCAACUUGGAACCAAUGGGUGAUGUAUGUUUUUUUUUAGUUUCUAUACAAAGGUGGCAUGCUAACGCUAGAUAGAAAGACAAUUAUUAGCUAGACUAGUUUCAAUAGAUAAUUUUUGAAAAGAGAAUAAGAGAAUUGUCCUUAUAACACAGAUAAAAUGUUUGUCAUCAAAAUUAUCAAAUCAGAGAAUGUCAAUAACCAGCUCACAAGCCAGGCCAUUAUAAUUGUAACUCGAUAAGAGACAAAAGUUUCUCCAAAAGUAGCAAAAUUCUAAUAAUCAUUCCAAAAUUAUAUAGUAAGGGAAGAAGUAAUCAUUGGCAAAAAUCUGGCUCGAGACUACUUAACAUGAUUUGACUCGGAUUCUCCUGCAUCAAAUGCACAUAUGUUAAUUCCCUUUUAUUAUGAAAAGGUAUCGGAAUCUAUAAAAAUUUAUGGAAAAAAUAGCAUACGAAAUUUAUAGAGCUUGGGUCAGUGAAUAACAUAUAUGGUGAAAUAUAAAAAUGAUCUUGAUAAUUGUCCAAGUGUAAUUUUAUAUUUUUUAGUAUUAAAUUAUAGGAAUUAAACACUAGAGAAUCCAACAUAGUAGCCAGUAUAUUUUUUUAUAUAUCUAAUUUAAUGAUCAACUUUAUAUCCAGUUUAAAUGGUAUAACUUUGAAGGGCCUGGUUUCAAUAUAAUCAAGUUUUGUACAUAGUAAAGAAUUGUUACUUCAGUUUUUGGGAAAAUGGUUGAUGUACCGUUUCAAUGGAGGGUCCCACCAAAGGAUCAUCAAUAGUGGAAGAUCUAUUCUUGAUGGGAAGUUAGUAAUACGCGGGAUCACCAAAUAUCUAGAAGUCAAAAUUGGAGGGAAAUCAGCCAAACUUUUAAAACACUAUACCAGAUACAAGUCACUUCAGUCCACUACACGAAAGCAGUACACAGAAAGUUGAGCGUUUUUUUUCUUCAGAGAAAUCUGCUUAGACAUGGGUGGCAAAAUUGGAGGGAAUUUGGAGGCCUUGGAGAUGUUGAAUGAUAUUCAGACUCACCUUUAAGCACUAAGAGAUCACGGUAUGUAUCUUCCUACCAUCUCUUUCAAAAAAAUCUCCACUACUUAUUAUAAUAAGUAGCUUCUUGUGGAUGCCACUACUUAUUCUCUUUUUACCGGCAUAGUCUUUCCCUCUUCAACCUAACAAUAAAUUAAAAUACAAAAUAUAUAAUUAUAUCCAAAUGCAGAGCCUAGCUAAGAGAAGGAAGAGAUUUUUUUUUUUCUUUCUUUGUGGGUUUGGAGGGAGUGUGGAGGAGGUUAUUUAUAGGCUGAUGCUCAUGAUACACAGAACUAACUAGUUUCUUUCAAGUUUCCUUAAUUGGAACUUCUAAGGCUUCAUAUGAUGUGGGUACAACAGCUCCAGCUUCUCUUAGUGCUUGAUUUUUGACUUGAGCAGACUCCAUCUCACCACCACUUUUAGCCCCCUGAUUGGCCCACUGGUUUGGAUACUUUGCCCUGCUUCAGGGCUUCCACUAGCGAAUACUCAUCUCGUCCACCAAGUUCCCCAAGUACAACAAUCAUUUUAACCUGAGCCUAUAAAAAAACAAAAAAACUCUGAAUUGACUGUGAACAACAAAUGCGUAGAGUCCAACACAAGAAUGCUCAGUGAACGUUUUAUAAAAAAUGUUAUAUUUCAUGCUUUUCAAAGUAUAGGAGCUCUGCGACUUAACCCCCAAAAAAUAUGCAGUUCCAUUUUUCAUUAGUCGCAUAUAGAAUCGAUUUCCGAUCAAUUGUAAGUUCGGUUGGCCAUGAGAGGAACAAGAAGAGGACUUGGUGGACAUGCCCGAAUGCUAGAAACUUGCAUACGCACAAGUGAAGGGAGCACAUGGAGUGGUCCAACACCUCAGUCGCAACCUAGUAGGUGGACACAAAUGGUGCAGCAAAGCUCAUCAUCGGAUGACUCAACACAGCCCCCAGAGAUGGUUUUUGGUACUGAGUUUCCUGAAAUUAGCAAUGGUCCAAAUACAAGGCCUGAGAACAAUGGGAAACUACCAAUGCGGAGGUGUCAUGGACCAGCUGGGUGCACUGAGUUUAUGAAGCUUCGUAAGCAUGGUCUCAUUCCUUUGAAGAUUAAUGAUGGUGAGAGGGCACCAUCAUGUGAGAAUGCGGUGUUCUUUACAACAAGGGUAAGAUGGAUUAUCAAGCAUCAUGCAACCAUGGUUCAAAAUACUUGGGAUGCUGUAGAUACACAAGAAAAAGAGGAGCUGAUCAAUCGUGUCCGGGCUGAUUUCAUUCUAGAUUGGAGCAAAAGGAAUCAUCGCGAGAUGGUCGAGAAAAACCUUGGCAAGAAGUUCAAUGACUUUCACUACCAGCUUCAUAAAAUUUACUUGGGUUAUGCAACACACGAAGAGGCAUUAGUAAAAUCAAGUGUGCGAGUAUCGAGUAAGGGGUCCUAAUUACAGUUGCGAGCAGUGCAUCAACUACGUCAUUCAUAAAUCAUGUGGCGAACUAUCCCAAGAGAAGAUACCCUUGAGCUCAUGAUCCAUCCAAAAUUUCAGCAAAUAAAAUGCCAUGAUCCGUGGUCCUCUCAAAAAAAGUGAGAGGAUGCUAUGGACGUCAUAUAUAUAAGUGCGCCCAAACUUGAUAAGUGGAUAGUUCCCCAGAAUACAUUUUGGAUGAGCAGCAAAAUGGAGAUCUGCACAAUAGUAGAACUAAUGCUUCGGGUCCCGCUCGUUCUCGCAAAUAUCACAAUAAUAGUCAGCACAGUCAUCCUCAACGGUGUAAGAGAGUAUGAAUGGUUGCUCAUAGUGCCCAUAUUUUGUGGUAAGUGGUAGAGUAGCACAGUCCAAGUCGAUAGAAAAGUUACAAUCAGCACAACGUAUGAUUCGACUUCCAAAUAUGCCACAGGAGGUACAUAUGCCACGACCUUCGUAGCCUGUGCUCAAAAGAAAAAGUGGGUGCUCAUGACCAUCAUGGAUAAAUUUGGUUCGUAUCAAACUACAAGGGACGUCAAGCUGAAAGCGGCAGUCAUCACAAUUGUAUAUGAACCCAUUACACAAACGUUUACAAGCAUUACAAGAAAAGAUUUCAGGACCAUAUUCAUUCUGAGAUUUGUUUGGGAGGAGGGUGAGCGGAUGUUUAUGGAGUGGGUGUAAUUUUUUUCUGGGUAAAUCAGCACAAGAUUUGUGAAGAAAGAACUUGCAUUGCAAACAACAAUAAUGCGGAGAGGAAAGAUACUGCUCACACCCGUUGCAUUUUUCAUUGUUCUCUAGCUCAACUGCAAGCUUUAAGUGAUGUUCAUGCCACAUAUGUUUGAUCUCUGUGAUGAUUUUAGCUUUUCUGUUUCCCAGGUUGAUCUUGUCGACAAUUUGAGCUAAUGUGUCAGUCGAUUCAUAAUGCCCAAGAAGGUGGGUCUCAAUAGGCUGAUCAUCUUUGAAUUCCGGGUCAAAUGUUUCAUCCCUGAUGUCGAUUUUUGCAGCACAACGAGAAUGUGCAGCAAAAUCACAACUCGAGUAGUAAUAAGCUUUGUAUUUUAUGUCCACCUUUCUAACACAGAGUUUCCAUAUUUGCCGGCUUUCGGAUUGGUUGAGCUGAGGAGAGUAUUUGAGGUUCAGACUCAGAGGAUGGUGGUGAUGUGUUAUUUUGAGAGUCGAUGGAAAGAGAGCGCAUUGCGUGUGAACUAUGAAUGAGCAGGUGAUACAAAAGUAGGACAUGCACUUGCUUUCUUUCCCACAAGUAUCGCAAGUGAACGACAAUGAUUUUCGAAGGAGGAUCAAAUGAUGGUCAUGACUUUCAGCUUUUAUGGUGAGGGGGAGAAGAGCACAUUUUUUAUCAAGAUAAAAAUUGCAGUGAAAACAUUCAUAUGUGUAGCCUCACAUUUUUCACCGCAGUCAUGGCAUUUUAUUUGCCGAAAUUUUGGAUGGAUCAUGAGCUCAAGGGUAUGUUCCGGGUGCAACGGAUGCUGCAUCUCUUGGGACAGUUCGCCACAUGAUUUAUGAAUGACGUAGUUGAUGCACUUCUCGCAACUGUAAUUAGGACCCCUUACUCGAUGCUCGCACACUUUACAAUAAUGUAUUUUACCAUCCUUUUUUAUCUCUUCAUUUAAGAUCAACUUAAAAUGUCGACAUCGUCCCACAAGUGUAUUGAGUAAUCUUGCC